CGCCUCUCCCCGCUGAGGUGAUGCGGGUUUGGAGGCGGGCCGCCCCCGCCCCCCCUUCCCUCCCCCCGCAGCGCAGGCCUGCCCGCUCGCCGGCGCGCCGUGCGGGGUGCGGAGCGGAGCGGGGCAUGGCGCGGGCGAAGGGCGGCUCGGGGCCGCGGCCGGAGCCGGGGCUGCUGCUGCUGCUGCUGGGCAGCCUCCUGCUGCGGGGCGGAGAGGCAGCGGCGGGGCCCGAGCCGUGCCAGGCACCGCUGCAGUGGGAAGGACGCACCGUCUCCUACGACCACAGCACGGGCCGCAACACACGGGCCGCCGUCUCCUACGACGGCCCCAACCAGCGGCUCCGCAUCCUGGAGGAGAGGAAAGCCCUCAUCCCCUGCAAGAAGUUCUUUGAGUAUAUAUUGCUCUACAAAGAUGCAGUGAUGUUUCAGAUUGAGCAAGUUACAAAGCUCUGCUCAAAGAUCGCUCUGACAGAGCCAUGGGAUCCGUAUGAUAUUCCUGCCAAUUCAACUUAUGAAGAUCAGUACUACAUCGGGGGACCUGGAGAUCAAGUUAUGGUAACGGAAUGGUCCGACAGAAAACCAGCCAGGAAAUUGGAAUCCUGGGUCGGUGUUUACACUGUCAAAGACUGUUACCCAGUACAGGAAACCUACACGAAGAACUACAGUGUGACAACCUCCACUCGCUUUUUUGAUCUACAACUGGGCAUUGCUGACCCCUCGGUGUUUAACCCACCUAGCACCUGCCAGACAGCCCAGCCGAGGAAGAUGAGAGAUGAAUGCUGAUAAUGGACACAAGCUGCCCUGGGCAAACAAAUAUUAGCCAAGAGGAUGGUUAUUAAUAGUCACAUGCUGACGUCUAACCUGAUUUUUCAAGCUUAUUCUUGCUCUUUUGGGAAUUGUAAGUUUUCACUUGAAAGGGAACAUAAACAUCUAACUGGGUAAAAUAUGUAACAGAGAAGAUCUCCUUCAUCACAUUAAUCUGUUCAGUCAUGCACUUGCAUCAUUAUAUACUUACCACUAAGAUAAUAUUUAUAAAUACUAUUUAUUUAGGCUGUGGCUGAUUUUCCUCUUGCAAAGGUUUCAUUAUUUAUUUUUCAAGAAAAGGCAUAAGCAGACUGCAAUAAUGGUAAAACAUGGAAGGAAAAGAUAGAUUGCUCUCUUUUUUUUUUGUCAUUGUUGCUUCUGUGUACUUGCAAGAAGGGGAAAUAUGUCCUGGGAAAGACUUCAUCCCUAACCAAAAAAUACUCUGUUUGAAACAAUGUGCAUCAUAAGCUAUGGAACUUUGUUCUCUUGGUUUUGUUUUGCUUUGCUCUUUUGGGGGGGAAGGGAGGGCAUAAUUUCUGCUCUUCAGGAAACUGGUAAUCUAAUGUUUGAGCUGGUUUUAUUAUUUCUGAAAAGAAACUGGAGUAGCUGUAUUUGUGUAAUUGUCACUGACGUGCAAAGAAAUACUUUUCUGUUUCAUGGGAGGACACUGUGAAAGGAAGGGGAAGAAGGAAAGGUACACUCCACAAAAAAGUAAGCCGAAGUUUUCUUGCCUUUAAUAGCAUGGUGAAACAUCCCAGUAGGAUGCAGUGAGACAUUUUGGAUCAUAUUUUACUUUAGUAUUCACUUUUUGAGGUAAUACUAGCUUUAACCUAUGCAAAGAGAUUAAGAGGUAUUGCACUCUAAAUGGCUAUAAUAUGUUGUGUCUAUUUUCAAAAGUCCUUACUCAAAGAAUAUGGGAAGACCUUUAUCAUUCUGUGCAGAAGUGAAAAAAACCCAAAAAAGCCACUCUUGGUGUGUGAUUAGUAAAGACUAAAUGAGUGUUCACACAGUGCCUGGCGAUCCGGAUGGAGUGAAAGACAGAGCUGUGUGGCCAGUGAGAGAGAUGGAAAACCUGGUGAGAUCUGAGAUGUUCUUUGUCACUGCAUCUGAUGACAUGGCUGCAAGGCACUGCAAUCUAAGCAGAAAUGACAAUCUUGCUUUCCUAUUUCCUGUUCCAUCAGUUUCUCAAGCCUUGUUGUCUCCACAUCCUUUUCUGGUGGGUAGAGUGAUAUUUUCCUUAAGGGAAAUAAGUAAACUAACAACAAAAAAAAGCACAGAAAGCACAUAUAUUUUGCAUUAGAAAAUUCAAACCAAAUCUUCACACACCUUCAGGCCCUCAGAAGUGUGGAAUACUGAGGGGCUUUGCACUUUUACCAAAUACAAUUAAUUGUCUUAUUCUUUAAGGCAUGCAUCUUAUUUAUUAUUCGCUACUAUGUUUAAAGCCAGGUGCUUGUUCUCUUACACAUGUGUUUGCUCCAGAAGUUGCCUGUCUGAAAACAGUGCAACACUGGGAAAUUUGGUGUCUCUGGAGAAGAGAUGGUGUGCAGCCCCUUAGUGCUUUAUAUGCUCACAGCUUUUUGUACUUAGGCAAGUGGUACAGUGUUUAUUUUGCUUUUACAGUUGUGGUCUGAAUGGCAUUUUACUUUGCCUUGUGCUUAAUGAAAGCAUAUACAAAGAACUGCUAAAAUUUAGGUAGCUCAUUAAGAAUUUUCCCUCAGACAUGACCAUUUCACGGAAAUGCUGGUGGAAAAAAAAGGAUUGGGUUUCCCUGGAUUUAGAGUGCACUUAAUCUGUGCUCGCCUUCCCUAUUUUUUGUGACAACCUAAAUGCUAACUGCAUCUUGUUCUCAUUAGGACAAUGAUUAACAUGCAUUUCUUAAUAUCCGUGUCUUGUUAGAAUCUGGAAAAUAUAAGACAUCUGGCUAGCAAACUUGAAGCUGUGGUACUGUGUCGUUUGGGAUGACUUUGUUGUGGUAGGGGAGAUAGCUGAGUAAUCAGGGUGUUUGUAUUACGUUCUGCUGACAGCGAUAUCAUUUCUAGCAAUAACAGUAAGUGGUCCUUUAAAUGCAAAUUUGAAAGAGUCUGGUACACAAAAGUGCUUUAAAAAUUUUGCUGUGACAUUUUAUACGGCUAAAUAUGUACCUCUGAAACAAUGCUGUUGUCUUUGUAUUUAUGCUCUGCAAAUUCAAUAAAGGGAGCUGUCAAAGAGAUGCCAAGCAACACA